AUGAUCACAGAAGAAACUGAACAAUCCUAUCCAGUUUUAACUGUCCAGUCGGACUUAUCUGUUUUACAUAAAAUAUGUUACGAUAUUAGGGUACAAAUGGAUAAAAUCCCGGACUAUAAAGAUCUUAGGAACCUAGAUAUUCGAAAUUAUAAACAAUUCAUACCGAAUACUUUAUAUUUUUUAAUUAAUCUCCUGGUAACUUGGGACGAAACACAAGCCACAAAUAAUGAUACCCGAGUUUUAGCUAUUUGUCAAGAUAUUAUAUAUACAUAUUCCGAAGGACGUAAACGAACACAAAAGCACAUAGGUUUGGGAAUAAUGAUACAUCAGGAAACGAGAUCAAAAAAACUGGUAGAACAUUUACACACUACUGGACAUUGCAUAAGUUACAAAGAGGUUUUGCGUCUAAGAAAUUCGAUUGCUCAAGAAGAAAUUUACAGGUUCAAAAAAAACAAUAAUACAGUUAUACCUAGACAAUUAGUCCCUAAUUGGUUUGUGCAGUUUGCUGCUGAUAAUAUAGACAUUUUAGAAGAGACUUUGGAUAAAGCCCCAACAUUUCAUGCAACCCAGAUGGUAGCAUUUCAGCAGGGACCUCCUAAUAGGAUCUGUCAUGACCAGUUAAAUCUUCUACCAUAUGAAGUUAAGUUGAAUAUUCCCGAAAGUUUCCAUAUAAUAGAACCGAGUUACUGUUUUAAAAUGACUAAGAGCAGUCCAGCAAUUAAUAAUAAAGAUGCACUACCGCAAUGGUCGGGUUUUAAUAAACUUUUGGCAGCUGAAAGUACAGAUGAACACAUAACCACCUAUGGAUAUUUACCGUUGCUCCCUUAUGUCUCAACUGAAUAUGAUACGGUAUGGGCUGUAAUGAAAAGCAUUAAGCAAAAUCAAGCAGUAACAGAUUCACAGGCUCUGAAAUCCACUUUGAACAAACUAUCCGAGUCCUUUAAAGAAUAUGUAGAUUCACAAGUACCAACUUUAAAGUUCUGUGAACGGACAGGUGACUGGACAUUACAUCUACAGAGCUUUAAUAAAAUGUUACCUUUAUUUUUCACUUAUGAUCAUACAAACUAUGCCCGAUGGGGUUCGAUUUACUUAUUAGAUAUGCUGAAUUUGCCACAGUAUGUGAAAGAAAAGUUUGAAUCUGGACAAUUUGUUGUAAAACGUUUGCCAGGCUCUUUUAACAAGCUAUCUGUGGACCAAGCCUUGGAACACGUCAAUAAGCGGUCAAAAGAUACUGGUGGCAUAGUUGGAUUGACAAAAAAUAGCACUAGGCUUGACGAGUGGUUUCUAAGCUUCAAUGAAAUUGGACUUAUGGUGGACUCGUUUCAGUUUUCUUUGUCUCAUAGCAAAUCUAUUAACCCAAUAAGCCAAAAUAUUGAGAGUGGCAUACAAAGAAAAAAAAUUGAUGAGCAAACUGUGCUAACUUUACAAGAACAAUUAACCAGAUUUUCUCUAUUUAGCUGCGGUAACGACCAAUUGUUAUGUAUUUCUACAAAUGAAAUAAUUGCGAAGUCUAUAGAAAAAUCUCUUUUAAAUGCAGUCGAUAUUGGAGAACAAGCACUUGCGAAUUUUAUGACAACACAAGUACCACUACCAAAGAAAGCAGAAAAGGCAAAAUCUGUGCAAGGGUGUCAAUCGCUUUUGCAACAAAUUCUUGCAGCGAACCAAAUGGGACGAAAUAUUGAAAAAAAUGAUAUUUUCCAAUACGAAUUAACGACAUUUCCAAUGGCACUAUUCUCGGGUACUCAUAUUUUAGCUACCCCAACAAAUAAAAGCAGCCUAGGAAAUAUAGUCGAACAGUUUACAACAUCAGUUAAAGAGUUACCGGUAUCCAGUAAAAAAACUUGUCACAUUUUUGAUGCAAUGUCCAUUGUUCAAAGCUUAGGAAAGCCCGCAGCAGCUAAAACAUUUUUGUAUUAUGGAAAUGUUUUUAAUUCAGUCUUAUCUAAAAAUAAGUAUAAUGCUUCAAGAUUAGAUUUGGUCUUUGAUCAUUACACCACACAAUCCAUUAAGAACUUGACACGAGUUAAAAGACAAAGCGGAUGUCUUGCGACGAUUAAAGGAAUAAUCAAUUCACCUGAUAUGCCAUUACCACAACAAUGGCAUCGUUUUAUUCAUUCUGGAUUCAAUAAACAACAGCUUACAAACUUUUUAUCAAACUAUUUAUUCGAGCAAUCGAGCAUCAAUUAUCUACAGAAAUAG